GGAUGUCCGCGACAGUAUUCCAAACUAAACAGUCGCUCUGAAGUUAGAGGGGUGAUCUCAUACUCCUGCGAAGAGGUGUUAAUGUAGGGCCGUGGAGUAGGGCAGUAUUCUGUGCUCUGCGAAUAUUUAGCCUAUAUGAUUUCGUUAUUCAUGUGAGGAUCUGAAGGAUGUCUCAUCUUGGCCAAUUGCCUCAAAUCGAAGAGGGGGAGAUUCUGAACUUGACCAAAGUCUCAUCCAGCGCAGGAGCUUGCCUGCGGGGUCGGUAUUGCAGGACAGGGCGACUUGUAGCUGUGAAACUCUUGCCGAAUCCUUCUACGUCUCAGAGAGGUGAUUGGGUGAAGCAGGAGAAGAACACCUCGCAGUCACACCAUGUGUAUUCGGAGAGAGUUUUGGUUCCGCUUGGAGUGUAUCGGACCCGUUUUUUGUCAGGUCUGGUGUGGGAAUGGAUGGCCGAGGGAGCACUGCAUUCACUACUAUAUGAGACAAAAAUGUACCCUGAAUUUCCUGUUUGCCUUCGUCUGCGGAUCCUCUCUGACAUCGCAGAGGGCCUGUCACACCUCCACUCAAUCCACCUCCCUCACCUGGCUCUCAGGGCCACUCAUGUUCUCCUAGACCAACAUUACCGUGCUAAGUUAUGUGAUUGGGGGCUGUCAGAGUUGUACCCGUGUGAAACGGUCCGGCCAUGUUACAGAAACUUGGCCUAUUUAUCACCAGAAGCACUGCAAGGGACUGGGAGCUCACUGAAGACAGAUAUAUACAGUUUGGGUGUCCUUAUUUGGGAGACAUUAAACAGACGACUUGCUUCUGAAGAUUUUGUACAGCUGCAGAUAAUGUUGCAUGGCACAGAGCAAAGCUUGGAAGAGGGAUCAGAAAGCAAUUUGUUGCCGUUGGAUACACCCAAUGUCCAUGCCCUUACUGAGCUUGUUAUGAGUUGCUGGAACGGUGACCCACAGAGACGUCCAUCUGCGGAAGACUGCAUUCUGGAGCUGAGGAAAGCCUUGCUGGCUUUUGAUCCUGUGGCCCCAGUGAAAGCUGCUCUUCACUUGAAGGAGUUUAAGAAGAGGGCGCUGAUGAACUGUAAAAACUCACCAGCCUGGGAAAUUCCCAUUGAGUUGAACAAUCUUGAGAUCUCAGGUGACUACAAGUACAUGCAUUCCAAAACACUGCCCAUGGAUAUUCCACGGCCUCACCCACAGACUCCCACGUCUGCUGGGAGCAGUCCUAGCAAAAGCUCUCCUCUCCCUUCACCACCCAGGACUGGCCACCACAUCAGAUCCUGCUUCGGUGGAAUGAACCAGGCCUCACCAUGUUCAGAAUCUCCCAGUAGCCCUUGUGUCCUUGGAAACCACAGAGUCCAGUUGACUGGCAGAGCUUGGCCAGCAUCUCCCCCUCCCCACAGUCCCUCUCCCCCUUCGAAGAGUCCUUCUCCACCCAGCUCCAGCUCUAUUCCCAUGCAGCCCACUCAUCCCCAGUCCAGAUCCAGAUCUAGGAACCACCAAGGCCUGCCUGGCUCUUCUACCCCGCGGCGUGUGAGUUGCCGACGCCUGCUGCUCGAGAGGCGUGAACUCAUCAUCAGGGGUAUGACGGAGGGGCGCCUCAACCACCUGCUGGACGUGCUGCGCUCCAGGCAGGCCUUGAACUACGAGGCCUACGAGAUCAUCACUGCUGCAGUCACACUGGCGGCGCGCACACGCUCCCUGCUCGACACUUGCUGCUGCCUCGGGGAGAAGGUCGCCGCCCUGGUGGCUGUCACGCUUGGGCUGGUUUCUGCCACCACCACCACCAAAGGGAAUACUCAACUGGCUCACUGAUCCAAAUAGGUUUUGGGAGUGCUGAUGUUGACAGUUUUGCCAACUUUAUGUGGAAAAAUGAAGAUGACACAGAAGGAAAAGGUCCUUCUUGUGCCCUUCCUGCUUUUGACUGUGUUAAAUUCUAAGGAAAAAGUGAUCUUGAACUUUGUGGUCACUCUAAGGACUAUUUACAACUAUAUCUAUUUAUGUUGAGUUUCUUGUUUAGUUCUCAAAGAAAUAACAUUUUAAUGGAGAUUGAUGGUGACAUGCUGAAGAAACAAUGAGAGGAAUGUUGUUCUAAACAUUCCAGUGCAUUAUAGAUAUGAAUCUUGUUUUAGGUCUAGUUGUAGGUGUUUUUAUAUUCUGAGAAUGCAAACAAAUUGAAAUUGCAAUGAAACACAUUAUAUAGAGAAAACAGAUACUUACACUCAGUUGCCAGUUUAUUUGGAACUCUGAGUUCAAACUAAUGCAGUCUAAUACACCAGUCCUGAAAUACAUCUUAGCUUCAUGAAGGUUAUUCAGUAUUUGUUUACACUCAUUUAUAGAGCUGUUCACUCCAUUGUGUGUUUGGAGGCUGCAGGUUGUGGUGCUGUUGAAUUGUAUUGCAAUGCAUUGACACAUGUUUCUAUUAACCACUCAAUUUCAAUCAGUAAAUAACAGAAACACCUUUGUGUUUAAUUCAAUACAGUUUAAUAGCAUCACAACCCACAUCCACCAAAAUGAUCGCACAGUUGAAUCGCCACCUUUCUUAAACCAUUUCAACAGAAACUGAACAUUAUAACAAUCAUGAAGGGGGAUGUAUUGAAGGGCUGUUGUAUUAGGCUGCAUUAGAUUUCGCUAGGUGUACCAAAUAAGCUGUCAACUGAGUGUAGAGUGUACAUGAAUUGUGCUGAAGGAUGUCCUUUCUUCAUGGCUUUAGAAUUGCAUCAUCAUUGGAAGUCUUAAAGGAUGCAGUCCGCAAUUCGAUUUCAGUUUUACAAAAGGUUGUUGAUUAAUCAAAUGAUACCCCUCCCUUCCGUUAUUCUGAAGUGACAAAAAGUGUAUUGAAUUACAAUUGCGGACUGUAUCUUUAAGCAUGUUUAUUUUUGACAACAACAUACCGCACCUUUAUUUUGAACACAGAAAAAACACAGGCUCUAAAACACUAUUGAAACUGUGUCAAUGGAUCUGAUCACAUUUUAACCUGAUAACAUUUGUUUUUAUUUGCUACCUGUAUGCACCAUACACUUACAACUAAUAGAGAGAUGGUGGAAGUAUUUAAUCAGUGAAGGUGUGAACACUACUAUCCCAGUGAAGUUGGAGGACACUUUAAGAACAACCGAAACCCACCACUUUUGAAGCUUACAAGUCUGUCUAUGCCAGAUGGUCUUUUGUGAGUGACUUGUUAUCACCUGAUUCAUUACAUCAGUUGAUGUAGUUGUCCCACAUACAAACAAAACAUAUUUAAUUGUUCAUAGGUUUGGAGAUAGACUAUCUAUCUGUAGUUUUUAUAAAACAAUUAUAUAAUCUCUGAAUGCUGACCAAUUUCCUAUCCAGUUUCAAAUACAUUUUAUAUUCUGUUGUGUUAAUUGUUUUACAUUAUCAAAAGGAUGACUAUCAGUUAUAUAAACAUUUUUGUGCUUAUCUAAUGUGAGAGUGAAGCUGAGUAGCCUUUCUUUUGCUAUCUUUAUGAAUGUCCCCGCUGAGUUAUUAUUACAUAAUGCAUAAAAUCAAGGUUGAUUUGUAUUGUGCAUUUUAUAUUUUAAAGUAAACAUCUCAUAAUAUAUUCA